AUGAAUCUGGAAGAUAUUCAAAUGAGCAAUGAUGUACUGGAGCGUCACUUGCAACACCUGUCUUCUGAGGCGGCAGCUCAGGCUGUUGUUACAAUGCAUGCUGAUGUUGAGUGGAGGCACAUGUGUGCUUUGACAACAGCUUGGGAAAUUCAUGCAUGUGAACAGCACUUGAAAUUUCUUCACAUGGUUCUCGAGGAUGAGGGUGAAACAUAUGCCAAUGCUAGUUUAGAGUCGCUAUGCACCUCGAUGAAAGAGCUUGUAAGAUCCCCCAAGAAGGGGAUAGAAGAUAGCAUUAGCUUGGGUGUUACUGCAUACAGCCAUGAUGUGACAUCAUUUGCUGUUGGAGACGCGCAACUAGAUUUCCUUAAGAGCGCCGCUCAUAUGUGUUUCCCUACUCUUGAACGAUAUUCCUUGGACAGUGUGAGCUCAGGGGACUCCUCAGAAGAUAGCAAUGGUGGUCAAGAUCCAAAAUCUCACAUGUGUAGCACUUUGCAAUUCAUGCCACAGGCAUGUGUCCCAUUACUUAAUUGGUACCACGCUCAAAAUGGUAUCAGAAUGUUGCGUCAUCAUGUAGCAGUAUCACCCCAAACCCUGACUGAUGGUAAUAAUCUAGAGUGCCUUUUGGGACACUCAUCAAAAUGGGGUCAGAAUAAAGCAGAUUACAAGAAGUCCUGGUCAUUAUCGGCCAGCGCCUGCCAGUGGGGACUCAUGGUCCACAAUGUUACACUUACUAUGAUGUCAAAUUUGCCAUUGCCAGCUGACUCGGACUGGUCGUGGCAGAAUCAGUAUCAUGGCAGCAGCAGUGGCUACAAUGAUCAGAUUGUGCAUGUCAAUCUCCCCCAGCCUGAGAUUGAGCCGAUUAACCCUGACUUGGACGUUCAUGACAAUCAUGUUGCUGGCCACUAUGACUGUGGGCCAGGGUAUGGCAAUACCAAGACCGUAGUGUCAGAUCCUCAAGUCGAUUACUAUGGUUAUGGUUCAGACUACUUGACUUGGAAUGACCAUGAUGGCGGCAGGCUGGACCCGUUCUCAGGCUAUCAUCCCAUUCAAACUGACCAGCAAUUGUCUAUGGGCCAGCCCAACUUGGGGUCAUUCACAUCACACAACCUGGGGUGUCACGGUUGUUUUCAAGAUUCCGCUGUAGAUCAUGGGUAUACUUUUGAUUGUCACCUUGAACAAGCCCAUAGCUCAAGCUGCUCAAUUGGCACACAAGACUGGGACAGGCAAUUCCUGGGGCAACUCAAUCCUUCCAGUCAACAUGGUGGCCACACUGAUGGUAGAUAUAUUAACCCCAGUAAUUUGAAUGUUCAACUUGAACCUGGGCGAUAUGUCUCUCAGCCUGAACAGCAGCUACCUACUGCAGCUUGGGUGACCAGCACAUUGCUACCAGUAGUCAUAGCAAGUAUAAUCACCAUCUUCCCCAAACCGACAACUUCGACUAUUCAAAUCUCCAACAUGCACACUCAGCAUAUGCAGCAAUCGAUGCUUCAACAUCAGUCAUUGCCACAGGGUGGCCUGGGGUAUUAUGGCCAUCCUCCAUAUCAUCACAAUGUUACAGAAGUCCAGCAGGUUCCUGCCAGCUGCAGUCAUACCGGGUACAGCCUUCUUCAAGUCAACAAUGUGAACUGUUCAAAUCCCCAACCCAAGCAUGGGCACUAUGACCCCCAGCCCAAGCAGCAACAUGUAGUUCAGUCUUUGCCAUCAGACGACCUGGAGCAUCAUGAUUGUUCUCAAUUUCCUGUCGCAGAUGGUGACCAACAAUCGAUUGGCAGCAGUCACACUGUUAUAAAGUUCAGUCUAGAUUUGGUCCCUACACAGAGACGCAAUGGCAGGCAACUGCUGCCACAGCCAGCUACCAUUUGGAUUUCAACUUAG